GACACGGAGCUAGCCGUGGAGUUAAACAAAAACAACUUUACGUGAUUUCGCCCGGCACGUCAUCGCCAAACUAUAACAUUGACUUUCCGUCACUUGCUAGGGUGUAUUUUUUACUACCAGGUUGUAUUUUUACUUCCAGAUAAAGCUAGUUAGCGCAUGUUAGCCAUUAGGGUGAUGGAAUGUUUCGUUAUGCUAGCUUGAACAACAACACAUCCUUACCGGUGCUGUCUUGAGUAAAGCUAGGAGUCCACGCACACACACACACGCACAAAAAAAGCAACAUCAUGAGUUUAAAGUCGGCGAAACAUUUGCGUAAGCCACAUUUUUGUAACGUUCUGUCAACAUUAGCGCAUGGCAGCUAGCGGUGUGAUAAGCAGCCCGAGCAAGAGGAACACUUGCUAGCAUUGUUAGCAUUAUGCAAAAAGCACUCGACAUCCAACAGUUGUUACUUCCCGCAAUUACGGACUCUUUUGCUUACCUCCGACUGAAAAGUGUGAGACGUCGACGGCUUGAUGUCACCCAUCUUCACGGGGUGUCGAUGCUAUCCUGACAGCCGAAGCGGGUGAUGUCGUACGGACUCAAUUCCAACCCUUCAAGACUGAUGUGUUACCUCUCUUUCGAGUGAACGUUACCUCAAACUCGAAGCGUAGGUGUAUGAUGGCUUUGCCGCCGCCGUAUUUGACUGGCACCGCGGUCUGUGCGAAUAGACGAGCGGUUACGCGUUCCGGAGCUUAACCACGGUGGAAAUAAUGGCCAUCAAGCUAUCCUGUAAUGUCUUCUCCUUAUCCAGUUAGUUGUUGAGAGAAGCUGUUCAUUCGCCUGUCACCAUCAGCCUGCCCACCGCUCUUCUUCUUCGGUGAGAUCAAAUCUGCAGUGGAUGCUAAACAAGAUCACAAUAGAUCCACUAGAUCAGCUACAGCUGUCAGAGAGCAACAACCUGAACUAAACACACCCGUGGAAUUACCAGAAUUACCAGAGCCACUGACUCAACUACCUAAAAUGGACCAGAGAGAUAAAUUUACCAAUAUAUCCGAAGAUGAGCAAACAGAAGAAUCCAAGCCACAGGUGAAUAUACUUAAAGAGGAGCAAACGGAAAUAUCCGUCUCGCCAGCGAUGGUUUCAAAGUCAGCACCCAACAUAUCCAUUGAGCGGCAACUUGAAUAUGAUGGGUGCCAGGUACCAGAACGAGAAAGCGAACAAACAAACAACUGCAUCACAGCAGAGCGUUUUAAAAGCGAUGCCCAAGAAGAACACGCUGAAAGGCGUGACAUCACGACCUCGCUGCGGGAUAUGGCUGUUGGAAACUUCCACAGAAAAACGGAACGCUUUCGGUCGAAUAGUAGCGAGGGAAUACUGGAACUUCAAAAGAACUCAUACAAAAAGUUCUACCCGCUUCAUGCGAUGAUAAUGUAUCUGCUCAAGCACAUCACCCAUACAGACGACCAGAGGAGUACCAAGGAUGACCGGCCCAAAAGGAAAAAUGUGAUGACGACCAUAGCACUGAAAAAGGAACUCAUCGCCAAGUGGGAGUGCGGCACCCGAGUCUCGGACCUGGCUAUUCAAUACAAUAUGGCGAAGUCAACCAUAUCCACCAUCCUGAAGAGAAAAGAAGCCAUCAAAGCUGCCGAUGUGGCAAAAGGGGUAAAAACACUUAGCAGCAGAAGAAGCGAUAAAGUGGAAGAAGUGGAAAAGGUUCUGCUGGAGUGGAUCACCCAUAAACAGUUGAGGGGCGACACAGUGUCGGAGACCCUCAUAUGCGACAAGGCAAGGGAGCUCCACAAUGCCCUGACCCGGGACAGCCCCGGGGGCAGUGCCGACGAGUUCAAGGCCAGUAAAGGCUGGUUUUGCAAAUUCAAAAAGAGAAGCGGGAUCCACGGUGUGCUGAGGCCUGGGGAGGCUGCCAGGGCGGAAAAGGAAAGCAACAACAAAUUUGAGGAUGAAUUUGAAGACUUUGUUGACAACCAGGACUUCCUCUCCUAACAAGUUAUGUGAAGAAACUAGAAGAUCGAGAAGACCAACCGAGGACGUAAGGCUAUGCAAAUAAGGCUGUUGGGUAAAAUAAAAAUACUGCGUGUGUACCAUUCCAAAAACACCAAUGAGCGUUAGAAGAAACAUAUUCUUCUCAAGAAGCUCAACCCAAAGGUGCUAUGAGGUGACCUCGGACAUGUAUGGAACAACAACAAACUGUUUGGAACGUCGGGAACAGUCUAAUGUUCUCACACGCGAUUAAGCCUGGAAACAAGUUCCAAAGAGGGCAGUGGAAGCUGAAACUGAGGCCCGCCUCUCUAGUGUCCUGAUGGAGUCCACGGAUCUGGAGAUGGACAGAGAUUGGUGGAAGAGCACACGGUCGCUCUGAGCAGUCUUUCAAGGGAAAGGACAUUUCCCAAGGAACUUUUUGAGGAGGAGCAUACACGGAAAAAGGACAUCAUUCCCACGGCAGAAGACUAUUUGUGCCCUUACUGUGCCGUCCCACCUUCCAGGACGCCAUCAUCACCCCUCAUCAAAGUGAAGACGCCAGAAGACUCACAGCAGGAGACGAUCCAGAGGCCUGCAAGGAUGAAGCCCGGCAAAUCUUAAAAGUUGUCGGAGAGGAGCACUCGGUCUGCAAUGUCGCAAUAUGCGUGUCAAGCGGUUGCCCUGCGGUUCGGUUAUCCACCCACCCGAGGACUAAGUAGCUUGGUGUAGAACCCUAAGGAAGAUCUAAGUCCACAAAACAGAUCGUAGCACAUGAAUUAAAGGGUGUCUAUUAUGCUUUUUUCACUUUUCUGACCAAUAAAUGUUGUUCGAAUGUUGUAUUCUUGCGUUAAACUUUUAGAUGACGUUUGCGCAGUUGGACGUUAGCUCUGAAAGUAGAGACAGUUUUGUGGCGUCAAUGCAAUCCAGAUUCCUUAUAUGGGCUGCAGAUUGCCAGCACUCAGUACACACAGACCUACGUAUCCGGAAGUCCUCCGGAGCACUUGAGAGUGUGACCAAUCACGGUGGAGUGGGCGUGCCUGGAGGCGGGCCGUGGGUGGAAUAAAUUAUACACACAGUUUAGGUUAGAGGCAGGAAAUCCAUGGAAAUGCUGCACAAAGAGUUGCAGAAUCUGGAAGAUCCAGAAAGUCCACAACUCAAGAUAAAGGGCCAAAAAAUGAGUAUAAUCGGUCCCCUUGGGCCCCUAACAAAUAUUGUGGUGAUUGUUGCCUACCUUUGUCACAAGCCACAAGUUUUUUUUCCAAGUAAAUGCCCAUCUCUAGUACUUUUCCCGUACAUGUGACUUAGUCUGGUGCUAUAAGUUGCCGGUGUUCUACAUAUUCACGGGCCGUCCAACAAUAUUUGGAACAACCGCGGUUGCCUACAAUGUACAGUAUUACAUAAGAAAAAUUAUGACCACUUCCACAAUGUCAUCAAUAAUAAUUUAUUGCGCUACAGUAUUUCAGUUGUGCUUGGAAGUUUGUACAUUUUGCAAAUAAAUCUGAUUAACAUCAUUUUGCAUGCAACUGUAUGCCGGCCCUUGGAGUCAUGGGUUCCGUUUCAUGAAAUAUGACUGAAGUAAGGUAGAAACAUAACAUUGAAACUGUUGUACGUGUACACCAAUAUUUUGUUUAGUCAACAGGACUGGAGGUCAUUGGUUGCUGGAAACUGAAAAACAAGUUUCAAUGGGAGUC